AUAGAUGGCAGUAGAGUAAACCAAAACGCUGACAAAAGUCACCAGAGAAGAGCGCGCGCAGUAUGGCUGGGUCACAGUGGAGGCCACCACGUUCCUGUGACAUCUACUGGAGUGAAUUCAAGCACUGCAAGAGUUUAUUAAACAGAUUCCAUGAAUAUUACACCUACGGCAAAGCACCAGACUGCCAGCAAUGGAAACAAGACUAUUACACCUGCAAAGAGUGGGAGAAAAACCAAAGCACACACGCCAAGGAAACCCUCCAGGCGAGUGAGAGGAGACGGGUCGCUGAGCAGAGAAAGUUCACUCCGGUCUGGGAGCUUCGGCAAACCCCUCCGGCUGACUGGCAUCUCCCGCUCAACCAGGACAAACCACAGGACUCUUAAACACACACAUGCAGAUCAUACAGGACCAUGAGGAUGCAAAAAGCCAGCACUGAACGUCCCGCUGGGAAUCUCCUCACACUACCUCUGUUCUGACUUUCCUGGUGCUCGCUUAAAAAGUCUUGAUCAAGUUGAAUAAAAUGAACAAAGCAUUUCAUGAGAGAGUAAAUAUAUCUGUAAUUAACGAAUAGGCUUUAUAUCCAGAAAGCCCAACUCUUUCAUAAUUUUGCAGUUUUAAAGUAUUUUAAAUCUAUAAAUGCGUUUAUAAAUUAAGACAUGAAAUGUUUGGCAUUUAUUGUUUUACUCGAGCCCUUAUUUAUUGCGCUACAGGAAUCAGAAAUGAAUAUGUAAAUGGGUAUUAUAUUAUAUGUAGCAUCUGUAUUCUGACACUGACCACCUAAAAGUCACUGCCAUAAAGCUAAAUAUCCCAAUAAAGGUAUUAAUAAUUGAACAAA